AUGUAUCAAAUGGACACUUUUGGGAAGGUUGAGUCGAAUUCUGGCCAUGAGCACUCGGGUCAUGAGCGACUGGCCAAACAAGCCCGCCGUCGACAGAUAAAUGACCGAGCAGUAAUUGAGAAUCCUCUUGCUGAUUACACGGAUGAGCAGUUGGAAGCAGACGUCACGUCGUUCGCCAAGGCAAGUCUGAACGUCGACACGGCAGCUCUUCUCCGAGCCGCACGCGUGGCCAAGGAUAUUAGGUUAUACGAUGAAGUUGCCAGAAACUCCAGUGAGAGUGCCGGCAGAGAGCUUCCAGUCCAACUGACGAACGAGGAGAAACGUGCACUUGUACGAGAACGUGAUGUUCCAUUCAGUGAAAAGGGGAUGUGGACCAUCAUCAUCACAGUAUCCCUUGCGGCGUUUCUGCAAGGUCACGUCCAAGCCUCCUUCAAUGGUUCGUCGUUAUACGACACCGAAUUUGGUCUCGACACUACCGCCGAGAAGCAAAGCGCUACCGCAACUGGAAGCCACGCUGAGCUAGGAGCCGAUGACUGGAAGCUCGGGGCCGCGAACGCAUCACCAUUCAUAUUCGCCGCGGUGCUGGGCUGUCCCCUAGCACUUCCCGUGAACCACUACUUGGGUCGCAAAGGAGGCAUGGUGGUUGCGGCUUUCUUGAUUCUCGUGAGCUCCCUUGCCUCGGCUUUUGCCACGAAUUGGCAACAACUGUUUGGCAUCCGUCUGAUAAACGGAGUUGGGAUGGGUCUCAAGGCCGUCAGCACUCCUAUUCUCGCCAGUGAGACUGCAGUCGGUUUCUGGCGUGGUACAUCCAUCCUCGCGUGGCAACUGUGGGUGGCUGCAGGAAUGAUGAUUGGCUUCGCUUUCAACCUGAUCUUCGAUACGACGCCGGACUCAAACAAGAGGCUGACCUUUCAGUUGAUGGUGGCAGCCCCCAUGGUACCUGCGCUGGCGCUGCUAGUGUUCGUCAUCUGGUUUUGCGAUGAGAGCCCGCGAUAUUUGAUGCGCGUAUCAAGCCCAAGUCACGACCCACAACGGGCGUACCAGAUCCUGAAGAAGCUAAGGAACACCGAGCUGCAAGCACUACGAGACAUUUACCUGGUCCAUAAAUCCCUUGAGCAGGAGGAGCUACUUAGCGGCGAUGCGAACUCACAGCCGGCACAAGGCUUCAUCUCGACCGUCGCAGGAUUCCUCCGUCAAUGGAGGGAUUUGUUCUCCAAGAGACGGCUUCGAAACGCCCUGAUCAGCAGCUCGACGGUGGCCCUCGCGCAGCAGCUCUGCGGCAUCAACGUUCUGGCGUUUUACUCAGGCACGCUCUUCAACCGGGCCGGCGUGGAGAAGCGGACCUCGAUGGUUUUCAGCCUGGGAUAUGGCGCGGUCAACUUUGUCUUCGGCCUCCCCGCCAUCAGGACUAUCGACACGUUAGGCCGGCGCAAGUGGCUCAUGCUGACGCUGCCGGUGAUGGCGCUCUUCAUGCUCCUUGCAGGCGUGUCGUUCAACAUCUCCGACUAUCAUGCCCGGGUCGCGGUCGUGACUCUGUUCAUCUUGUUGUUCGCGGCGGCGUACUCGCCUGGUCUGGGCCCGAUCCCGUUCACCUACGCGUCGGAAUGCUUCCCGUUGUCACACCGCGAGGCCGGCGCGGCGGUCGCCAUCGCGGUCAACCUGGGCUUCGCGGGGUUACUUUCCGUCUUCUUCCCGCGGAUCAACUCGGGCCUGGGAGACGGCGGGGCUUUGUACCUGUUCGCGGGGCUCAACAUCCUCGCGUUGGUGUUGGCGUUUCUAUUGCUGGAGGAGACGAAAAGGCGGAGCCUCGAAGAUCUUGAUCUGGUAUUUGCAGUGCCGAAGCGCGCCUUUAUUCGGCAUCAGGUGUUUCAGUAUCUACCGUGGUUCUUCAAGCGGUAUUUCCUGGGAAGGAGGAUGGAAAAGCCGAGUUUGUAUCUCGACUUGAUCUGGGGACCUGGAGGCGAUGAAAGGGCCCGUGUGGGAGAUGCGGAAGCGGUAGGACGGAGGGAUAGCUCAGAGUCGGACCGAGAUAGCACACAUGCAUAG